AGAAGGCUGGGCAAAUUGCUGGAAUUCCGUUUCCGUUCCAGUUCCUGGGAUUUUACUCUCUCUUCCUCAGCGGGGGGAAAUAUCCUAUUAUUUCUACUUUUCUGCCCUUGGUUUUGCUUGUUUAAACCGAUGGCGUCUUCCCCGCAGAAAUCACCGUCCUCUCCCAAAUCUCCGACUCCAAAGUCUCCGUCCUCCCGAAAGAAAGAUGAUUCAUUUCUGGGAAAACUUGGUGGAACUCUUGUCAGGAGAAAAAAGGCGAAAGAAGUAUCGGAGCUGCAGGAGGAGGGGAUGAACGCCAUUAAUCUCCCCCUGAGUCCCACACCUUUUGAGCUUCAUCCUGAGGAUAUCAUGCUAGAAGAAAAUGAAGUGCGCACCAUGGUGGAUCCCAACUCGAAAAGUGACCGCAAACUCCAAGAGCUCAUGAAGGUGCUCAUCGACUGGAUCAAUGAUGUUCUGGUUGGCGAAAGGAUCAUUGUGAAAGACCUGGCUGAAGAUCUCUAUGAUGGUCAGGUUCUCCAGAAGCUCUUCGAAAAGCUCGAAGGUGAGAAGCUGAAUGUGGCAGAGGUUACCCAAUCUGAGAUCGCCCAAAAGCAGAAGCUGCAGACGGUUCUGGAGAGGAUCAAUGACGCCCUGAAGGUCUCUACCAGGAGCAUCAAGUGGAACGUCGACUCGGUUCACGCUAAGAGCAUAGUGGCCAUCCUUCACCUGCUGGUGGCACUCUCACAGCACUUCAGAGCUCCAAUAAGACUGCCUGACCAUGUGUCUAUUCAGGUGGUUGUGGUUCAGAAACGUGAGGGAAUUCUUCAGUCCCGUCAAGUUAUGGAGGAGAUCACAGGCAACACAGAGGCAUUAUCUGGAAGGCAUGAGCGUGAUGCUUUUGAUACAUUGUUUGAUCAUGCUCCCGACAAGCUGAGUGUGGUGAAGAAGACUCUAAUUACCUUCGUCAACAAACACCUGAAUAAACUUAACUUGGAGGUCGCUGAACUGGAUACACAGUUUGCAGACGGUGUGUAUCUGGUUCUGCUGAUGGGACUUCUGGAAGGAUACUUCGUCCCCCUCUACAACUUCUUCCUGACACCUGAGAAUUUUGACCAAAAGGUUCAUAAUGUGUCUUUCUCCUUUGAGCUGAUGCAGGACGGUGGAAUGGAGAGGCCUAAACCCAGGCCUGAGGAUAUUGUGAAUUGUAACCUAAAAUCGACGCUGCGAGUUAUUUACAACCUUUUCACCAGGUACAGAAACGUGGAAUGAGCCAGAACGGGAAGCCUCUAUUGGGAACGCUGUUUUCAGACUGAUGGACAAAAUAUGCUGUUAAUUAUACCCCUAUACGUACGACUAAUAAUGGUUUGAGUAUUUUCUUUCCUCUUGUCAUCUAGAUAAUAUAAAACCACUCAUAAAAAAAAUGUCUUUUGAUGAUAGCAUUCCAUUCCUAAGAUGAUGCAUGGAAAGCCUUGCAUAACUCCGGCUUUUAUUUGUGGAAAUGCAAUUAGCUGCUUAAUGGUUUGAAAUGGAUUAAUCCUAAAGUGCCUUUGCAGAUGUAUGAAAGAAAUAACCCAGCUUUACAGAUACUAUCUUAUAUAUUUAAUCGCAGUAUUAACUCUUUUUAUUUUUUACCCUCACCUUGCAUGCGCUUUAUGUACUGUAAGGUUGCUUUAUUUUAAGCAGAUGUAUGUACUGUAUGACCAAAUUAUCUUAAAGGAACAGUUCACCCAAACAAUAAUAGCUCUGUAUAGGAGAUGCCCAAUGUAGGGGCCCAUGGGCCAAAGUUGUCCCAUUGUAACCUUUAAUUUGGCCCAACAUCCCAACUGAGAGGAGAGUGGGAAUGAUGGAGAGGGUUGAGGCGAAUUCCUUUACCACAGAGAGAUUGUCAUUUCUAAUUUAACAUGUUUUUGUUUGUAUGAGGUCCCUUUCAUUGCUGCUUGCAGCUUUAAUUUGUUAGUUUUAUUGCUGAGCUACAAAAAAAGCAAACUGAAAAUAAAAGUUUCAAUUAAAUGUUGUAAAUGAAUCUGAUUUAUUAAAAUAUAAAUAGAUAGAAGACUAUGCAGAAGACACCCGGGAGCAAAUCAAGGUAAAACUAGUGUAAUUUUUUUUAUGAAUGACAUUGUUUUGUUGUUACUAUAUUAAGUAAAAUGUUACUAUAAUACAUAAAAUGUAAAAAAAAAAAAA